AUGGACAAACCGGCAGGCUCGAAGCAUGUUGAGAACAUUGAUGUUGAAGAUAUGAGCGAGGGAAUCGAGGUCACCAAGUCCAAGGUGAACGUCAGUGGAACUGUCCAACUCACUGCAGGCAAAAUCGUCUAUAUUCCGACCCCUACAAGUGAUCCUCAAGACCCGUUGAAUAUGGGAAAGUGGCAAAAGACCAUGGUUUUAAUUGCUCUCUCUCUUUUCUCAACUGUCGGCUUGUCCCUAGUGUCUGGUUUCGGCGGUCUUUUGACCUUGUAUAUUCCUGCAUACACUGCCGCUGGAAAAGACUACGCCGAUAUUACCUCACUCAUGACAUAUCCGACCUUGACCAUGGGUAUCGGCAACUUGAUCGGAAUGCCUAUCGCCAUAGCCGUUGGUCGCCGUAUUGUUUUACUCGUUGCGACGGGCAUAAUGGUCAUCGGCGCCAUCUUGUGCGCGUAUGCAACCAACUUCGAUUGGCAUUUAGGUGCACGUAUGCUUAUUGGUCUCGCUGCGGGUCAGAGUGAGGCUCUAGUCCCCAUGAUAACCCAGGAAAUUUUCUUCCUUCACGAGAGGAGUACAUUCCUCAUGGUUCAGCAAAGCGUUCAAACAAUCGCGACAGCUAUAUUCGUCCUUUUUGCCAGUCCUAUUGCUGCAGCUAUCACAACUAGAUGGUGGUAUGGCCUUGGUGCUUGCCUUGCUGGCGUUUCUUUUAUCAUGGCGUUCUCAUUUGUCCCCGAGACAAAGUACUACCGUCCUCAAUCCUCUUACCAGGAGAACUCAUCCACCGAGGCAUCCGAUGAAGAACAUGGUGAUCAAGUCACAAAGGGCUCUCACCAUAUAGUCGUAGAGAAGCCGGCUCUGGACUUCGACCUAUACGAAGCUCGUACAUGGCGCUCUGACCUUCGCCUUUGGGUCGGUUCACCUGAGUGGCGCAAGGGAAUGGAAACUCUUAUAGAGUCUUUUCGGCUACUUCUCCUACCCAAUGUCCUUUGGGCUAUGGCGUUAAACGGUCUCACUCUCGGUGUCAACGUCGCCAUUGGUACAACCUACGGCACCAUUGUUACUUCACUGUACAACUGGCCAGAACGGUCGGCAAGCUACGUGAACUGUGGCCAAAUAGUCACCUCAUUGGUGGCUUUGCCAAUGUUUGGUUUUGGUUCCGAUAGGCUCAUCGCUUGGUUCGCAAAUAGACGAGGUGGCAUCCACGAGCCGGAGAUCCGCCUGCUGCCGCUCAUAUUCCCCAUCAUUAUCGGUACAUUCACAGCAGUACUAUACGGCUAUGGUGCCUCUCAUCCAACAUCGUAUCACUGGUUCAUCUACGUUUGGACUGUUGCUGCUUACUACUUUACUUUUGUAGGCGCCAAUAUUGUGGCUAUCACGUAUCUCCUCGACAGCUACCCCCAGCGGGCUAGCUCCUUGUUGAUCAUCAUUUGUGCAUUCCGUGGUAUUAUAUCGUUUGGUGUCAGUUAUGGCAUCAGUCCAUUUAUUGAGAGGAAUGGCUAUGAUGGAGCAUUUGGCACAUUUGGAGGUCUAACUGCUUUGUUUGGAUUGCUGGGAAUUCCUGUUUUCAUAUGGGGCAAGAGGAUUCGUGCGAUUACGGGUAUAUACAAGGUUGAUAAGGAGUGA